GGUGACGAAGCCCCAGUGAAACUGACAGGGGAGAUCUCAGGUCUGGCCCCGGGGGAACAUGGCUUCCACGUCCAUGCCUUCGGAGACAACACCAACGGCUGCGUGAGUGCAGGACCCCACUUCAACCCCCACAACAAGACCCACGGAGGACCCACCGAUGACGUCAGGUGAGUCUGCCUCCUCACUAGUGGAGUUGGACCAUUUGAGGUAAGAAGGGAACUCAUCUUUGUAUCUGUGCCAUAAUGGCUACUGUGACAGCAUGCGCAGAGCCAUUGAGGGAUAUCUCUAUUUUAAUGGGCAGAGCCAUUGAGGGAUAUCUCUAUUUUAAUGGGCAGAGCCAUUGAGGGAUAUCUCUAUUUUAAUGGGCAGAGCCAUUGAGGGAUAUCUCUAUUUUAAUGGGCAGAGCCAUUGAGGGAUAUCUCUAUUUUAAUGGGCAGAGCCAUUGAGGGAUAUCUCUAUUUUAAUGGGCAGAGCCAUUGAGGGAUAUCUCUAUUUUAAUGGGCAGAGCCAUUGAGGGAUAUCUCUAUUUUAAUGGGCAGAGCCAUUGAGGGAUAUCUCUAUUUUAAUGGGCAGAGCCAUUGAGGGAUAUCUCUAUUUUAAUGAGCAGAGCCAUUGAGGGCUUUUUCCAUUUUUAUUUGGUCAAUGUCUUCUCCUUCCGAGUCAAAUAAAAUGUUUGUUAACAGGUGUAGACUAACAGUGAAAUGCUUGCUUAUUGGUCCUUUUCCAACAACAGAGUUAAAGGUGAAAUUGUUUUUUAAAUUCAAAUCGUGACACAAGGAAUACAUACACAGUGAAUAACAAGUAAAAAAUAACAUGGCUAUAUACAGGAAGUACCAGUACCGAGACGAUGUGCAGGGGUACCAGGUAAUAACAUGGCUAUAACAGGAAAUACCAGUACCGAGUCGAUGUGCAGGGGUACCAGGUAAUAACAUGGCUAUAAACAGGAAGUACCAGUACCGAGUCGAUGCGCAGGGGUACCAGGUAAUAACAUGGCUAUAAACAGGAAGUACCAGUACCGAGUCGAUGUGCAGGGGUACCAGGUAAUAACAUGGCUAUAAACAGGAAGUACCAGUACCGAGUCGAUGUGCAGGGGUACCAGGUAAUAACAUGGCUAUAAACAGGAAGUACCAGUACCGAGACGAUGUGCAGGGGUACCAGGUAAUAACAUGGCUAUAAACAGGAAGUACCAGUACCGAGUCGAUGUGCAGGGGUACCAGGUAAUAACAUGGCUAUAAACAGGAAGUACCAGUACCGAGACGAUGCGCAGGGGUACCAGGUAAUAACAUGGCUAUAAACAGGAAGUACCAGUACCGAGACGAUGCGCAGGGGUACCAGGUAAUAACAUGGCUAUAAACAGGAAGUACCAGUACCGAGUCGAUGUGCAGGGGUACCAGGUAAUAACAUGGCUAUAAACAGGAAGUACCAGUACCGAGUCGAUGUGCAGGGGUACCAGGUAAUAACAUGGCUAUAAACAGGAAGUACCAGUACCGAGUCGAUGCGCAGGGGUACCAGGUAAUAACAUGGCUAUAAACAGGAAGUACCAGUACCGAGUCGAUGUGCAGGGGUACCAGGUAAUAACAUGGCUAUAAACAGGAAGUACCAGUACCGAGUCGAUGCGCAGGGGUACCAGGUAAUAACAUGGCUAUAAACAGGAAGUACCAGUACCGAGUCGAUGUGCAGGGGUACCAGGUAAUAACAUGGCUAUAAACAGGAAGUACCAGUACCGAGUCGAUGUGCAGGGGUACCAGGUAAUAACAUGGCUAUAAACAGGAAGUACCAGUACCGAGUCGAUGCGCAGGGGUACCAGGUAAUAACAUGGCUAUAAACAGGAAGUACCAGUACCGAGUCGAUGCGCAGGGUUUCCGUUAGCCGGUAAUAGCCGGCUUUUGACCCCGAAACAUUUUUAGAAGCCGAUAAAUAACAUUUGCGCCGGCCAAUUGUCCGGGAGAAGAAAUUCCAUUGCGGAAUGUUUUUUAAAUCAUUGAUGUAAAUACCAGUCGAUGUAAAUACAUUUCACUGGUCAUGCUUAUCUGUCUAUAGGUUAAUUUCCAUAAUUUAGUGGAAUUAAAUUGUAACCCAGGCCUACUCGUUGUGUGAAUUUGGGAUCGAUCAUCCCACAACUGUCCCAGUGCUAUUCUAUUGGCCACCAAGCUCACCAAUAGAAUAGGUAAAAUGUUCUACUACGGGGGAUAGUAGAUUGACAUACAGUGCAUUCGUAAAAUAUUCAGACCUUUGACCCUUGACCUUUCCCACAUUUUGUUACUUUACAGCCUUAUUCUAAAAUUGAUUUGUUUUUUUCCCCUCAUCAAUCUACAUGCAACACCCCAUAAUGACAAAGAAAAAACAGGUUUGUAGAAACUUGUAAAAAAUAAAAAUAAAAAUUGAAAUACCACAUUUACAUAAGUAUUCAGACCCUUUACUCAGUAAUUUGUUGAAGCACCUUUGGCCGCGACUACAGCCUCGAGUCUUCUUGGGUAUGACGCUACAAGCUUGGCACACCUGUAUUUGGGGAGUUUCUCCCAUUCUUCUCUGCAGAUCCUCUCAAGCUCUGUCAGGUUGGAUGGGGAGCAUCGCUGCACAUCUAUUUUCAGGUCUCUCCAGAGAAGUCCUGGCUCUGGCCGGGCCACUCAAGGACAUUCAGAGACUUGUCCCGAUGCCACUCCUGCAUUGUCUACGCUGUGUGCUUAGGGUCGUUGUCCUGUUGGAAGGUGAACCUUUGCCCCAGUCUGAGGUCCUGAGCGCUCUGGAGCAGGUUUUCAUCAAGGAUCUCUCUGUACUUUGCUCCGUUCAUCUUUCCCUCGAUCCUGACUAGUUUCCCAGUCCCUGCCGCUGAAAAACAUCCCCACAGCAUGAUGCUGCCACCACCAUGCUUCACCGUAGGGAUGGUGCCAGAUUUCCUCCAGAUGUGACGCUUGGCAUUCAGGCCAAAGAGUUUAAUUUUGGUUUCAUCAGACCAGAUAAUCUUGUUUCUCAUGUUCUGAGAGUCCUUUAGGUACCUUUUGGCAAACUCCAAGCGGGAUGUCAUGUGCCUUUUACUGAGGAAUGGCUUCCGUCUGGCCACUCUACCAUAAAGGCCUGAUUGGUGGAGUGCUGCAGAGAUGGUUGUCCUCAUGGAAGUUUCUCCAUCGGGUUCUUGGUCACCUCCCUGACCAAGGCCCUUCUCCCCCGAUUGCUCAGUUUGUCAUGAUGGUUCCAAACUUCUUCUUCCAUUUAAGGAUGAUGGAGGCCACUGUGUUCUUGGGGACCUUCAAUGCUGCAGAUGUUUUUUGGUACCCUUCCCCAGAUUUUUUAUUUAAAAGUUUGUACUUUUACCCCUUUUUCUCCCCAGUUUUGUGAUAUCCAAUUGGUAGUUAGUCUUGUCCCAUCGCUGCAACUCCCGUGAGGACUCUGGAGAGGUGUAAGUCCCGAGUUGAGCUCCCGAGUGGCGCAGUGGUCUAAGGCACUGCAUCGCAGUGCUAGCUGUGCCACUAGAGAUCCUGGUUCGAAUCCAGGCUCUGUCGUAGCUGGCCGCGACCGGGAGACCCAUCGGGCGGCGCACAAUUGGCCCAGCGUCAUCCAGGGUAGGGGAGGGAAUGGCCGGCAGGGAUGUAGCUCAGUUGGUAGAGCAUGGCGUUUGCAACGCCAGGGUUGUGGGUUCGAUUCCCACUGGGGGCCAGUAAGAAAAAAAUAAAAUAAUAAUAACGUAUGCACUCACUAACUGUAAGUCGCUCUGGAUAAGAGCGUCUGCUAAAUGACGUAAAUGUAAGUCGAGAGCCAUGCGUCCUCCGAAACACAACCCUGCCAAGCCGCACUGCUUCUUGACACACUGCUCGCUUAACCCGGAAGCCAGCCGCACCAAUGUGUCGGAGUAAACACUGUACAAAUGGCGACCGACGUCAGCUUGCAGGUGCCCGGCCCGCCACAAGGAAUCGCUAUAGCGCGAUGGGACAAGGAAAGCCCAGCCGGCCAAACCCUCCCCCUAACCCGGACGACUGGGCCAAUUGUGCGCCGCCUCAUGGGUCUGUUUUAGAAAAAUAAUCUUGGUUUUUCUAUUUCAGUAUUGAUCUUUUUCAACUACAUCACACCUGCCCAGAACUACUAGCCCACGCUUCUCCAGCAUCACAUACCUGGUAAAAUAAGGGUUAAAUAAUACAAAAAUAAAUAGUCAAUACAAUUUGGUAUUUUAUUAGGAUCCCCAUUAGCUGUUGCAAAAGCAGCAGCUACUCUUCCUGGGGUUCAAACAAAACAUGAAACAUGACAUAAAACAGAACAUUAAUAGACAAGAACAGCUCAAGGACACAACUACAUUAAUUAAAUACAAUCAAACUAACAAGGGCAAUGAUCAGAAGUCAGUCAUAACAUGGCUAAUAUGCUAGCGCACGUGUCAAACAAGACUAGGACACAAGCGAGUCUAAAUGAGUCAACAGUUGAGUCAUUUACUUUAUGAAAUUACAGCCUGAUGUAUCGGUGACUUCAACUUGAGUUGUGCUGGUCCGUGAAUUCGUAGGUUUCUUCAUUAUGGCACUAAUUGAGUUUGACACCCCUGAGCAAGCAUAUCUGUUUAUUUAGCAAGCUAAAAACACAGAGCCUAACAUUAGCUAGCUAGCUAGCUAGAGCUGGCUGGCUGCUGGGAGGAUGUCGUAUCAUUGGAGGUGAUCGAUCAAAUGGGCAGGCAGGCAAGUUCCCAUUCAGUUGUCAAAAUGUGGGUUGGGAACAGCAUGCAUUGGCAGGCAAGCUGCAGAAGGACGAGCAGGCUACUAUUCCCCAUCAUUUAUCAGUGCAAUUUUGACGACCAACAAGCUUAAACCCUCGUUAGAUUUGAGCUCUUCUCGCUCUGGCUAGGAUUAGUUGUUGAUCAUCUUGUUGAUGUGCAUAACUGAGGGAGAGAGAGCCUACCUUUUCAUAGUUGUUUGAUCAAGAGGACUGUAAAGUUCCCAAAUGUAAGAGGACUCCCAUUUUAUUUAUAUAUUUGCAGAAAUACAUUCAAGUGUAUUUUUUUUUGGCGAAAUGCGUUCUAAUUAUCUAAAGUCGUGCUGUUUCUACUGCCUGUAAAAACACAUUGGAAAAACCUCCCUGGUCUUUGGUUGAAUCGGAGUUUGAAAUGUACGAUCUACCAAUAGGUGCCCUUCUUUGUGAGGCAUUGGGGAAACCUCCCUGGUCAUUGUGGUUGAUAUUCACUGCUCGACUGGGGGGACAUUACAGAUAAUUGUAUGUGUGGGGUACAGAGAUUAAGUAGUCAUUAAAAAAUCAUGUUAAACACUAUUAUUGCACACAGAGUGAGUCCAUGCAACUUAUUAUGUGUCUUGAACUUAUAUAGGCCCUAACAAAGGGGCUGAAUAUUUAUUGACUCAAGACCUUUUCAUUUUUUUUAUUAAUUAUUUAAAAAAAAUCACAAUUCCACUUUGACAUUAUGGGGUAUUGUGUGUAGGCCAGUGACAGUCUCAAUUUAAUCAUAUUUAAAUUCCAGCUGUAACACAAAGUGGAAAAAGUCCAGGGGUGUAAAUAUGUUCUAAAUCCACUGUAUUAAUGAAGCUGUUGACUGGUAAACUCUGUUAUCGGAUGAAUCCCCAAACAUAUUCCAGCCAAACGGAGAGCGUGGUACUGGUACUUCCUGAUUUUGAGUUUUUGCUUGUAAACGGGAAUCAGGAGGAUCGAGUUAUGGUCUGAUUUCCAAAUGGCAGGGCCUUGUAUGCGUUUCUGUGUGUGGAAUAAAAGUGAUCUAGAGUUGCAUAGGUGACAUGCUGGUAAAAUGUAUUUCAGUUUCCCUGCAUUAAAUCACUGUCCACUAGAAGCGCUGCCUCUGGAUGAGCGUUUUCUUGUUUGCUUCUACAGCUUGUUGAGUGUGGUCUUAGUGCCAGCAUCGGUUUGUGGGGCUAAAUGGACAGCUAUGAAAAAUAUAUAAAAUAUAGAAACUCUCUUGGUAAACAAACUGAAUGCUACGCAGACUGUUGUUGUUUGAACAGGUAUAAAAGCCAAGGUUGGUGAUUUUAAUCCCACCUGCAGAUCUGAAAUGUAUUCUCAGCAGUAUAAUUCAUUGGCUGAUCCCUCCUGUUGACCUGGAUGGGAUGAUGUGAUGCCUUCCUCAACCCAUAGGAAGUCCCACCCCAGUUCACUACUUUCAAAUGUUGGAGGCCCUCCGUGUCCGUGCUAAAACAGGUUCUAUCCAUCCUUUCUACCUCUUUCUAACUCUGAUUUAGGCCCUGCUAGAUGGCCGCUAGAAAUGACCUGUUGCUGCGGCUAUCCAGAUGGUUAUACAAAAACCCACCAGUGUUUUAUAGAAUGCUUAGAAUCAAGCAUAUAGAAUUCUGAGCUCAACAGUUCUACUUGUGUUAAGGUAAUGAACUAUAGCAUUUAAAACCGAUCAGGCUGGCUAGUGAUAUAAGCUAACCCCACUAUCACUGAGUUUCAUGUUUGCACAACAGUCGGGGCUUGUUUGAGAGAUCACUGUCUAGCAUGUCAAUGAUCUGCUCCUGUUCCUUCUGUUUAAACCAUCUGUCUGUCUCAUCUGAUGUUCUUCAACAACUGUCUUUUAUGUUGUCCCAGCAGAACCGUCAUGGUGGAGAGAACAUGGUUGAACCUCGAUUGGCUCUAUGGCUUAAUCCGCAUAGUCUGUCUGUCCUCGGAGGCAAUGAGAUUGGAUUCUGGUCUUGAGCUGUAUUUUGUCAUGGAAAUUCCUAUCCUGAGACUGAGCUUUGCUUCCUUUCUUAUCUGGGAACAAAGGCUUCAACCAAACACAUAUGCUUACCCUGUUGACAAUGUCUUAGCCAGCUGUGCCACGAAAAGCUACCAAUUCAGCUACUAAUGGAGACAUUUCAAGUUUCUCCUGUGAAUGGAAGCAUAGUAUGCACUCAAUGUGCAAAACAAGUUCUAGUGUCAAACCAAUAUGCUUUUAUAAUCUCAAAGAUUUCCUUUGACUAGAUCUACACAAGAGGGGAAAAGUGGUUUAGAAAUGUCAGUCACCCAGUCUUACCUUUUUGUUUUGCUAUGUUGUUGUGCACGUAGGAGUUAAACUACUGUGUUGCCGACCUCUCUCUGAGCUGUUCUCUCUGUGUUGCCGACCUCUCUCUGAGCUGUUCUCUCUGUGUUGCCGACCUCUCUCUGACCAGCUGUUCUGUCUCUGUGUUGCCGACCUCUCUCUGACCAGCUGUUCUGUCUCUGUGUUGCCGACCUCUCUCUGACCAGCUGUUCUGUCUGUGUUGCCGACCUCUCUCUGACCAGCGGUUCUGUCUCUGUGUUGCCGACCUCUCUCUGACCAGCUGUUCUCUCUGUGUUGCCGACCUCUCUCUGACCAGAUGUUCUGUUUCUGUGUUGCCGACCUCUCUCUGACCAGCUGUUCUGUCUGUGUUGCCGACCUCUCUCUGACCAGCUGUUCUGUCUCUGUGUUGCCGACCUCUCUCUGACCAGCUGUUCUGUCUCUGUGUUGCCGACCUCUCUCUGACCAGCCGUUCUGUUUCUGUGUUGCCGACCUCUCUCUGAGCUGUUCUCUCUGUGUUGCCGACCUCUCUCUGACCAGCUGUUCUGUCUCUGUGUUGCCGACCUCUCUCUGACCAGCUGUUCUGUCUCUGUGUUGCCGACCUCUCUCUGACCAGCCGUUCUGUCUCUGUGUUGCUAGGCACGUCGGGGACCUUGGCAACGUGACUGCAGGAGCUGACAAUGUGGCUAAGAUCAACAUCCAGGACAAGAUACUGACUCUCACUGGACCCAACUCUAUCAUCGGCAGGACCAUGGUGGUAAGAACAGACAUUGCCUGACCUAUAGCUGCAUGUUGUAUCCACUAGACAGGAAAUUGAAGGAAAUGCUCAGAAAGUUCUCCAAGUAAACACAACCCUGUUCUCGCCCCAUCUCCCCCUUUCACUCUGUUUUUACUACCUUUUCCCAUCUCUCCGUCUCCUCCCUGCCUCUGUACCAUUAGAUCCAUGAGAAGGCUGAUGACCUGGGGAAAGGAGGCAACAAGGAGAGUGUGAAGACGGGCAACGCCGGGGGUCGCCAGGCCUGUGGUGUAAUUGGAAUUACCCAGUGA